AUGCUAACGAAUAAGAUAAAUGGAAACAUUCCAACAAGCAUAGGAGAAUGCUCUUCGCUUAAAGUGAUGUAUAUGUCGAGGAAUCAACUAAAUGGGCCAUUACCAAGAGAGAUUGAGAAUUUGACAAUGCUAAAAAUACUCAAUCUUGGUGUGAAUGCCUUGUCGUCAGGUGAAAUACCUAAAGGAUUGGGCAACCUUGAUGAACUAGAGAAACUCCUAUUGAAUCAUAAUGAAUUAAGUGGUUCAAUUUCAUGGGAAAUCUUCAAUGUAUCAUGGCUUAGAGCACUAUCCCUCGCAUCAAAUCAUAACCUUCUAGCAAGAUUUUCAUACUAUGAACUCCAACGGGCAACGAAUGGAUUUGAUCAAAGCAACUCACUAGGUAGCGGAAGCUUUGGAUGUGUUUAUAAAGGGGUUUUAACAAAUGGGAUGCAUGUAGCUGUGAAGAGUGUGAAGAACAGAUCGGGCCAACCAGAUUCGCAUCAUGAAGUGUUGCGCCACAAUCGUCAUCGAAAUCUCACAAAGGUCCUUGGUAGUUGUUCCAAUCUGGAUUUUGAAGCAUUGGUGUUAGAGUACAUGUCUAAUGGAAGUCUACACAAGUGGUUAUAUUCUCACAAUUAUUUCCUAGAUAUGAUACAACGAGUGAGUAUAGUGAUAGAUGUGGCGUCUGCAUUAGAAUAUUUCCACUUUGAUUACUCUGAGCCUAUUAUUCAUUGUGACUUGAAACCCAACAAUGUUUUAAUAGAUGUUGACAUAGUGGGACAUUUGAGUGAUUACUCUGAGCCUAUUAUUCAUUGUGACUUGAAACCCAGCAAUGUUUUAAUAGAUGUUGACAUAGUAGUGGGACAUUUGAGUGACUUUGGUGCUGCAAAGCUUUUAGGAGAUGAGAACUCCAUCGCCAUUACGAACACCCUAACAACAAUUGGUUACAUUGCUCCAGCAAAAUCCCCUCAUGAUCGGAUAACCAUCAAAGAUGCCUUACCAGCACUGCAAAAGAUCAAAGUUCAACUUCUUUCUUUGUUUGCUUGA